UCAGUUGCCGUUUUGUUGUGAUUGCUCGCUUCUGCUGCUGGUGCUGUGAAAGUCACGGACGAGAGUUUUUACAUAACUUGCGCUGAGGAUUGUUGUUUAUUUUGUGCUGUUCGUCAUUGGUGCUUUCUGCUGGGUGCUAGCAGCAACCCUUCUCUCACAAACCAAUGGCUUCAACGAUAGAGAACUUUUACCAAAAAACGGCCACCGCAGCCAUGAAAGAUUGGCCCCGCGAUGCCGUACUGUACCAGCCGUACGAGGAGGAACAGAUCCUGCUGGCAGAGAAUGCGAGCUGCCUGGCGGUACGCACCUACCUGAAAAUGCUCAACCUGCCGGUCGCGCUGGAGCAGCGGGCGAACGCCGAGUUCAUGUCGCCGGGCGGCAAACGCACCAAGCUGCCCGUCCUGCGGGUGGAAAACUUUAUCUACGCCGAGUUCGACCACAUCGUUACGUUUUUGGAGAAAAACUUUAACAAAUCUCUCAGCGCGCCGCUCACGCCCGAGGAGAAGGACCAGAUGCGCUCGACCAACUGUCUGGUGGAGCAUCUGUUCACCACGGCCGAGCAGUACGUGAGCUGGAUCGAUCCGGAGGUGCGCAACACGGUGACGAAGAAGCGCAACGGGUGCGUGUUCCCUUUCCCGCUCAACCACGUGCAGAACUGGCGCAAGGAGAGUGCGGUCCGGCGGCAACUCCGUAUGGCGGACUAUCUGCACGAGGGCAUCGACACGAUUAUGGGUGAGGUGGACCAUCUGUGUCAGGAUUUGAGCAGCCGGUUGGGCGAUAAGCGGUACUUCUUUGGGGACAGCCCCACGGAACUGGACGCUCUCGUGUUUGGACAUCUGUACAGCAUCUUCACGAUGAAGCUGCCGAACAACGUGCUCGCACUAACCAUUCACAAGUACAGCAAUCUGAACCAGUUCUGCAAAAACAUCGACGAGACGUACUUUAGCGUGAAGGGAAAGUAAUCUCCCAGAGGUCGUUCGCUUAUUUUCGAAAAUACAUCUGCAUUCUUUAUUCAAACUCUAUAACAUUAAUCUUCGGCCGUAAAGCGACAAUUCCCUUCCAUUCUAAUAGUUCUGCAACUUCAACCGCGGCACAAUGUUCAUGCUGGUCAGCUCCUGGAACAGCAGCUUGCACGCGUACGGCAUCGAAAUCGUCGACACGCUUGCCGACGAGCGACAGUUGUGACACCAGGACGAGUAAGCCAACCGGCCGCACACAUUGCACACAUCCACAUCGAACGCGUCGGACGAAAUCAUCAGCCGCUCCAUAAUCAGCAUGCUAGCGCCGUACGAAAUCAAACAAUCGCGCUCCAUCUCACCCAACCGAAGGCCACCCUCCCGGCUACGACCCUGCGUCGGUUGGCGCGUCAGUACCGCCCUCGGCCCGCGGGCACGUGCAUGCAUCUUGUCCUGCACCAUGUGCUUCAGCUUCUGGUAGUACACUGGCCCCGAGUAGAUGUACACCUCGAGCGGUUCGCCCGUAAUGCCCGAGUAAAACACAUCCUUGCCGAGAUAGUUAAA